AUGAACACCGAGGAUAUCAGCACCCACGAUGAUCUCGACCUCGAACUUACGCAUGACAUGUUUACUGAGCCGGCAGGCUAUUACACAACGCCGCGGACGGCAACCAGCGAAACAUACACACUAUCCUGUGGCCGCACUCUUCACAUUAACCUCGUCGGAGAGAAUCCACUCUGGGGCCACUACCUCUGGAACGGCGCACGAAGAGUAUCCACCUACCUUGAGGAACAUCCAAUGCUUGUGCGUGGACAGACCAUACUCGAGCUUGGAGCCGGCGGCGGCCUGCCCAGUCUCGUGAGCGCUCACCUCGGCGCCGCGUGCGUGGUCAUGACGGACUAUCCCGAUGCAGAUCUUGUGCAGAAUCUCGCACGCAACGCACAAGAAUUCAAUGGGGAGGUAGCACGAGCCGAUGCUUUACCCCUGACUACGCUGAUUGCCCAAGGCUUCUGUUGGGGCACGGACUGCGAAGAACUUUUGAAGCACCUGCCGGAUGACGCUGGCGUACCGCAGGAGUCGCUCGGAUACGAUGUGGUGAUUCUAGCAGAUUUAUUGUUCAAUCACUCGGAGCACGCCAAACUACUGGCAACACUGCAGGGCACGCUCAAGAAAAAAGACCAUGCAAAGGCACUGGUCUUUUUCACACCUUACAGACCGUGGCUCUUACCCCAAGACAUGGCCUUUUUUGACCUAGUGCGAGCAGCUGGUAUGAGCGUUGAGAAGGUGAUCGAAGAGAAGACGGAGAGGGCUAUGUUUGAGGAAGAUCCUGGUGAUGAGGAGUUGAGGAAGACAGUUUUUGGCUACAUUGUCAAAUGGAGUCUGUAG